CAUCAACAGUCACUGAAAGGGAGCGCCAGUUGGACACACAUGCUGUCGUCGUACGAGCAAGGCCGUCGCGCCAACAUUGCUCGCAACAAAGAGAUGCUAGAGUCACUGGGCAUCGACAAGUCCGAGAAGAAGGUGCCAGUGAGGCGGUCACGCAAGAAAUCAUUGCAGCCACAGCGGCGGUCGUCCCGUGUCGGGGCCGUGUCGGACGUGCGGGCGAAAAUCUUGCAGGCCAUGGAAAGCCUCGAAGAGAAGUAUGAGCGCGAGCAGAGGCAGCUCUUGCGACGUAUCCGCGAAGACUCGAAGAACGAACGACGAGAACUCAACCAGAUGCGUCGUGCAGAGUUGGAGCAGCGACGGAUGGCCAAGCUGAUCAAGGCCGAGCAGAAACGCCUUGCAAAAGAAGAGCGAGCCGCGGCCAUUGUCGAAUUGAGGAGUCUUCGGGAGGAACAGAUGCGGCUGGCUAAGUUAGACGAAGAACGGCGGCGGAACGUCGUGAAGUUCAAACUUCCCGUGGACCUCAGGCGCCUCGUAGCAACCUCUCGCCAGUGGUCAACUGUUGCCAAUGGUGAGGAAAGGUCACUCAACCAUGCCACGAACUCCAUCCAAGAGGAGCAGGAACUGGACGAACACGUCAAGUCCAACUCUAGCAACAGCAAUAACAAUGCCUUGAGCAGCGACGACGACGACAAUCUAUCUAGUGACUCGAGCAUCGACGAAGUGAGCGACGAAGAGUUCAACGAAUUGAGUGGCGAAGACGACGAAAGCGGAGGCGGUGACAGUGACGUCAGUUACAGGGCAUCAAGGCGGCCACAGGCCAAGUCGACGUCUUUCUCCAAAGAUGAUACACGAGCUGGUCCCGAUCGUUCCCAACCAUGGCUAGCAGUGUCAUCCAAACCCAAAUCCACGUCUCGGCUUCUUGUCAAGCUCAACCAUUCCCAACCUCGCCCCCGCAUGAUUUACCAACGCCGCGCCGCACCUUCCUCUCCAGCGACCGACUCGCCGCCAUCGUCCUCGUCCUCAGGGCCAUUGGUGGUCCGAUUCAAUAGGUCGCCAGCAGCAUCCGUGCCUCGCAAGUUGAUCCGCCCCACCACGUCGUUGCCCCCCGACGAACCGCAUGCAAAGCGAAAUCGGUUUUUAAUACCGCCCAAGGCACUUCCGCGGGACGAUCAUCCUUGUUACCAAGUACACUUGGGAAAAGGCGUGCAUGGGCUGUGCAUUGAUUUGGACGUUGUGGACGGCAAAUCAGUUACAGUAACUGGCUUUCGCCAGCCUUUACCAGGCGUCCAGGGACCGGCGGAAGCAUGCGGCCAGAUCGAAAUUGGCGACGAGCUGAUCGCCGUCGAUGGCGACUUGAUCGGGGGCCCCGCGGGGUUCAAGCGGUUUGUACCCGUGCUGAAAAGCGGCCUUAGCGUCACACUGCGCUUCCGCAAACCUACCCGUUGAGAUCGUAGUAUAUAGUACUAGUAUACGUGAGUGUGUUGAAUUACUGUGACUAUUUUAGUUGGAGGAAUUGCUCGACAACGUGUAAAGUAUAUAUGUAUGUCCUUGUUGCUGAAAUUUGGGCCCG